CAAACCCCCCCCUAUUUACUUUACCACUAGAGAAAACCAACCUGCUUGCUCGCAAUACUCUCUACUAUAUAUAUACCUCGCUCCCUACCAAAGAGCCCCCUUCCCGCUCUUGCUCUUGCAGCCCCCACCCACCCUCUAUCCAGCCCGCCCUUGGUCUAUAUCCACCCAUCUCAACCCGCCAUCCCCACGGAACACCAUUCCUUCCCCAAGUUGAACACUCCCAACGCUUCCCAGCCCACCAAACGAGCAACAACCUCCCCCGCUUCAGCGGCCAGGGGGGCUCGUUCUCCCCACUCCCACCACCCAGCCCGACACCACUUUCCGCAAAGUCCCCCCCACCGCCAUGGCGUCCAAUACACUCGCGCCCAUAUCAACCUCCGUGCCGGCAUUACAGGUCCAGCGCAACGGGACGUGUUGUGUUUGUCUAAGGCCUGUGUAUGCGAUGGAGGCUGUGGUGGCGCAAUUCAAGUUUUACCAUAAAGGGUGCUUGAAAUGUGCGCAGUGUAAUCGGACUCUGUCGAUAGCAAACUACGCCUCCCACAACGGCUCCGUCUACUGCACCGCCCAUCUCCCCAAAACCCCGCAACUCACCACCCCCACCGGACGCCGCAACUCCGACGACAAAACCUUCGGCUCCCUCUCCGGCUUCUCCUCAACCUACACCACCACCACCGCCGGUUCCGAUGCACACCAACGCAGUGCGUCAGAGUACGCCCACCGACCCAAUUUACGAAACGUGUUCUCCGAAUCGAGUCCGAAUACGUCGCCGUUAACCUCAACACCCUGGCCUCCCCAUCAUCGCGGGCCUACGCGGAUAGCGGCGCGGGAGCGGGACGGAAGACGCCGCCGCCGGGCCGAUUGUUGCUGAAUUCGAAUUCCACUACGGCGCAGGGAGGGAAGCCGCCGAUGUCGGCGCCGUUGUAUCCGAGGGCGGGGGGGAUCAAGACCGGGGAGGGGGGGAGUAAGGGG